GAUGGCGGGUGAGUUUAGGUAGCUGGGCCGCUCGGCGAGGGGCAUAAAAUCCUCGCGAGGCCGGCCACUGUCUUCCUAGACCUGUGUUGGCUUCUUUGCAGUCUGCCAAGGCUUGUUACUAUAAGCGAUUUCAAGCAGAGCUCAGCAAGAUGCGUCCUACGGCUGCCUCUAUUGUAAUCUCACUGAUCGGCUCCGCAGCCGCCGAGACUGUCCACGGCGUUGUCGUCUUCAGUCGUCAUGGUGAUCGAACAACGAAGCAUUAUGGAGCUCAGUCAUUGACCAGCGUCGGUGCUCAGCAGUGUUUCGAGGUUGGCAGUGACUAUCGAGGCCGCUAUCUGGAGGCGGACUCUUCUAGUCGGAUUCUCAACAUUUCCGAGGAUAAAUACGUUUCCUCGCAAAUCUACGCCAGUGCCCCCGACCAAGGCAUCCUAUUGAACACGGCUACGGCAUUUCUACAAGGCCUCUAUCCUCCAUUGGUAGGCCUCAACGCUCAGGUUGCAUCGUCGACCCUCAACAACGGCAGCACAAGUACAAGCCCCCUAAACGGCUACCAGUAUGUUCUCCUUCAUGGAGAGAACUCUAAUUCGCCAGACACUAUCUGGAUCAAGGGGGAUGAUGGAUGUCCUACGAACGCCAAGGCCUACAAGGCCUUCGAAGCAAGUGAAGAGUUCCAGACCCGUGUCACGGAGACCAAGGACUUUUACGGCAGCUUCUACGAUGUGCUCGAGAGUGUGUACGACUACAAGCCCGAGAAUAUGACGUACAAGAACGCGUACGACAUCUUUGACUUGGUAAAUGUGGCACGCAUCCACAAUAGCACAUCUUUGGCCCGGAACGUGACGGACGAGGAGCUCUUCCAGCUGAGAACGUUGGCAGACAGCGCCGAGUUCGGUUACAACUUCAAUGCGUCCAAGCCUGACAGCACCAUUCAUGCAAAGACUCUUGCGGCUGGCAUCCUUGCCCAACUCAACCAGACGGUUACUUCCAAAGGGAAACUCAAGUUCUCCCUCCUUGCAGGAAGCUACGACACAUUCAUGUCCUUUUUUGGUCUUACUGAUCUCAUCACGAUUUCGGACGAUUUCUACGGCCUCCCAGACUACGCCUCGACGAUGGCGUUCGAGCUCGUUAGCGAUAACACGACUGUGUUUCCCGCGAAUGUCGAUGCCGACCUUCGUGUGCGCUUCUUGUUCCGCAACGGCACUUUUGGCGAGCUGACGGCGUUUCCCCUUUUCGGGACUGAAGAAGAGACUCUGUCAUGGCCGCGCUUCGUUGAAGAGAUGCAGAAGAGAGCCAUCAGUACCGUCGAGGAAUGGUGCACUGCCUGCUCUAGUCUUGUGUCAUUCUGUGCGGCUUACCAAGAUGAGGAAGCUGCGAGCUCCGAUUCAGGGAGCAGCGGAGGCAUGUCGAAUGUUGUUGCCGGUGUUAUUGGUGCCAUGGUCACUCUCGGCGUUGUUGCUGUCAUCGGUGCCGUUGCAUUCUUCAUGAUGAAGAAGCGACGCGCAGCUCCCGUUUCUCAGGUCCAAGGGUCUACGGCUGAGAAAUCCAGUCUGCGCAGCGGCGGUAGCGUUUGAACGUUUGAAUCAACAAAAUUUUGGAUUGAAGCGAUGAGUAUGAAUGCAGCGAGAGUAAUGCCGGUUUCUCUUUCCCAUGUAUCUUGUUGUCAGCGAACCAAGGGUCUGCGAAAGUCUGGCCAUCCGAGACUUGCCGAGGCCUUCGCACCUUUGAACUGGUUUGAAAGGAUCAUGCCUGUCAAGCUUUGUGAUAGCAGCGAUCAUAGUAAUCUUUAUUGAAAACAACGGCGCUAAGGCUACACCGACAGGGUUCAUAAACUGGGCCUUAUUUCAAUGUAGUUGAAACCACUUGAGCGAGUCGUUCGUCAGCAGUCUUCAGGAACCCGAGUUCAUCUGAUCUUUGAGCGGAACAUCCGACGGGAUGUUUUCCCCCCAAGAAUCCCCUUUUACACGGCAGAUCUCGUUUACAGUCACAGCGCAAGUUGAAAGUGGUUUGAACAGAUUAUGAACGUGACAAAUGGUACGAUCUAUAUCGUUAAAGAUAUAUACUUUAUGUAAAGCGGUAUACAGGAAAGACUUUGUACAUGAAAGAGAUUGGUCCUGGACCGAAUCAGAUUCGUGGACGUCACAAGUGUGAACACCCACUACGAGCCGGAUAGCUAUCUCAUCCCCUUAGCCAUCUAGGUCGCCUCAACCCUCGAGACCAGAUCCCGUGAUAAACAGUGAAAUCGUGGAAAUCGCUUAUGCCUGGAUGCGGCGGUCGUGAAUGCUCAUGCGCUUGGCGACAGCGGUCGCGGAGGGGGUCUCGACGGGGCAGUCCUCCUCGUCGUCAGCAGCCUGGGUGGGAGUGGGAGUGGCAACCGGGGCAGAGGACUCGGCAGGGCAGUCCUCCUCAUCGUCGGAGGCAGCCUGGGUAGGGGUAGCAACGGGAGCCUCAGACUCAGCGGGGCAGUCCUCCUCGUCGUCAGCGGCCUGAGUAGGGGUGGCAACGGGGGCAGCGGUGGCAGUGGCGGUAGGGACCUCGGACUCGGCGGGGCAGUCCUCCUCCUCAUCGGCGGCGAGAGUAGGGACGGUGGCAGCGGCGCUGACGGUGGCGGAGGCAGACUCAACGGGGCAGUCCUCCUCAUCAUCGGUGGCAGUCUGGCUGGGGGUGGCAGCAGAGGCAACAGAGGUGGCGGGGGCAGAGGUGGCGGCCGGGGCGGAGGUAGCAGCAGCGGCAGAGGUAGCGGCGGCGGAGGUGGCAACGGGGGCGGCGGAGGAAGCAGCGCCGGAGCCGGAGCCGGAGCCAGAGCCGGAACCAGAGCCAGAGCAGGAGAAGACGGCAGGGCCGGGGAUGGUGUACUCCUGGGCCUUGUAGGCAUCGUAGGUGAUACCGGCAUCAGUGGCGGCGUAGGCACCGGGGAAGGCAACCAGGUCAGAGGGGCUGGUGCUGCCGGAACCGGUGACCUUGAUUUGAUGGCAUCCCGGGUAGAACUGGGCGCCGGGGUAGGAGUAGGAGGCGUGGAGGGCGAUGAUCUCGUGGCGGACGAGGUACUGGCCGGGGGCAAGGCACUCGGGGAUGGUGUACUUGACGCCAGAGUUGCCGGCGGUCAUGAGGGGGGUGGCACCCCAGGUGUUGGAGGUGCCCUCACGGCCGCUCUCCUGGACCUUGAACCAGACCUUGUCGGUGUUGGGGGUGAAGGUGGUGCAGUCAUCACCGGCGCACUUGGCCAUGUAGGUGAUGGUAGGGCCAAUGUGAGACUCGGGCCACAGAGUCCAGUUGAGGGUGACCUCGUCACCAGCCUUGGCCUCGGCGACGAGCUUGGCGGGGGAGGAGCCCUUGACACCACCGGCGGUGUAGCCACCGCACUGAAGGUCGAUGCUGGUCAGGUCCUCGACGGGGCCGUUGCCCUGGAUGGGACGGGAGAUACGCUCGGGGGCCGGGCUCGUGUACGGGUCCUGGUAGGGCUGGUAGAAGGUGUAGUUGGUGCCACCGAUGAGACCAUCAGAGACGUAACCGUGGGCAGCCACCAGGGCUGCGGAUCCAAGAAGGGAGGCGAUAGAGGACUUCAUUUUUGCGAUUUGGAGUUUUUGUUUUUCGAGAGUUGUUCAAAAAAGGGGUUGGUUGGCUUGACUGUGAGAAUAUCGAGGUCGGUUGGGAGGAAUGAGUGUUGUUGGAGAGGUCAAGGACCGAAAAGAAUGAAUGACUACCUGGUCAAGUGAAAAGAAUGACAAAAGUUGAACGAAGGAAUGAGAUAGACACACAAGUCAAGUGAAGCUGAACACUAUGGAUCGUAGGAAAGAGAGUUCAAGGUCAAGAGAGACCGGGCAGAGGUGACGAUAUAUACGGGAGGGCAUCGUAGGUUGUUUUCCUAACGCGGGCACUUGCGCCGUUGGCGUCCUUUCUCAACUCCAUCGGGUCAAGAUUAAGAGGACCACUUCCGCCGCUCCGCCAAAGUUUCAAUUAUACGCAGGACAAUCAUAUCCGGCCAGGUGGUGGGGAUAAACAUGGGGAGGGGGAUCUCGCGUAUGCGGGAGACAGGCGCGGCUGGGAUCAUUGGGAUGUGGGUGGUGGUCUUUGGGGGUCUUGGUCCUCUCUGGAUUUGGUGUAUUGUGAGUGGUGGGCUUCGAUCUAGAAGAUGUGGCUCAGGGGAAGAAGCCAAUAGACUCUGGGCUAACAGCUCCCACGCUGCUGGGAAGCCUGGGUUCAGAUGUCCAGGAUGACGA